GACUCCGUGCGCCAGCGAGUUGGGCGGCUAGUUUCAAGUGCUGGAGACGCUCCGGCCGACCUCAAGCCGCACGAUGCCCUCCAGGAGCUUCUGCGCGUGAAAGACUUGUACACCGUGGAGCCGAGCCACCUCGGGAGCUUCGACGUCGAACGUGUAAAGGUGCUCUCGGCCGGCGUGUCUGUCAUGGACAUGGAAGACCUGCUGCCUCCUGAUCAGCGGGCUAUGUUGGCGGACCCAGAGGGCCAGAUUUUGAGGAACUCGUCUGAGCUUGAGUAUGACUCCGGAGCCUUCGCGCCGUACUGGGGCCCGAAGCUGCGUUUCGACACCUCCGAGCGUCGGCGGCUUAUCCUUCGGCUCGCGGAGCUAGGGCUCGUCGGGUUCCGCACCUCAAUUCGAGCACGCAUUGGUAUCUUCGUGGUCAAGAAGAAAGAUGGUUUCCAACGACUGAUCGUGGAUGCGCGAGAGCCUAACAGAUUGUGUCGGCGUCCUCCCCACUCUUGGCUUGACACUGUGACCGCGCUGACUGGCGUUGACCUUUCAGACUCAGCGAUCAGGGCCACAAGUCAGGACGACGGCGACCUCAGCUGGGUGCAGCCGUCUGCGGGAUGCGUCGACCUGUACAGCGGGUUCUACCAGUUUCGGAACCGCCGCAUGGGCUCGCUGUUCGGCAUUGACUUCGGUGCCAGCUUGGCUGUUCGGCUUCCCUACGUCGACAACGCCAACGUCAUCGGGAUCACCGCCGAGUCGACGCAGCGGGCCCUGGAGCACGUGAAGCGGGACUUCGACGCGAAGCACCUCGACUUCCAUGAGGAAAACGCAGCCUCGCCGGAGCUCCAACUACUGGGGGUCGUGUUCGAUGGCGUCCGACGACAGAUCCGGCCUCUACCGCGACGCACCUGGCGGCUCCACCUGGCCUUGCAGGAGGUGAUCAGGAGGGGCUUCGCUAGCGGCCGCGUGGUCCAGAUCCUCGUAGGUCACCUCGUUCACCACUUCCAGCUGGCCAGGGCCGCCCUAGCGAGUCUCGACAAGGUCUGGGCCUUCAUCGGGGAGCACUACGACGACGAGGCCGAGCUCUGGGAUUCGGUUCGCUGGGAACUCGAGGUCGCCGGCUGGCUGGUCUUCAUGGCUGGCGUCGACCUGGGCUAUGCGCUGCACGUCGCGGAGAUCUCCGACGCCGAGUACCGCGAGGUGGCCGCCUACCGUGAGCGCUGGCGUUUCGACCUUGUUGAGCGGGAGUCUGCUGGUUGGGGGCCUGCGUUGCCCUGGGCCGCCGCUUGGCGUGCUCAGCACGGGGCCGGCGCAAGCCCGCAGCUGGGGCACCUGGAGUCGGGAGGCGGCGCCUCUCAGGGACGGCGCCGACCCUGGCGGCAGCUUGACGAGAUCGAGCGUCCCGCUUCGGUGGUCGGCAUCCCGGCGCUGCCUGACGCGCUGGUGGACCCGGCGCGGUGGCGGCGCGUGGUGCGCGGAGGCUGGAAGUACGACACUGCGAUCCACGAGAAGGAGGGUCGCGUGAUGCUGAUGGGCCUUGUCCGGGCCAGUCGAGAGGUUCGAUUCCACGGAUGUCGGCUGUUGAGUAUCGGCGACAACCUGGCCUGCAUCUGCAGCUUCGAGAAGGGCAGGGCGAAGUCGUACUGCCUCCAUCGUCUCUGUCAGAGGGCCGGGGCCUUGACAAUCGCGUGUGGCCUGAUUUGGACUCAGCGCUACCUGGAGACCAAGAG